AUUGAGGUUAUGUUUUCUAAUGCUCCUGGCCUGAAAGCAGCACGUGGUAGAAUAUAUUUUUGAAUUUGUUUAUUAUAUAGUUGUUUAGUUCAAUUAUGGGUAAACCAGAUUUUUCUCCAGGCGGUAGAGGAGGCCGUGGUGGCUUCGGCGGUGGCCGAGGAGGCGGCGGUGGACGUGGUGGUUUUGGAGGAGGUGGUGGACGUGGUGGUUUCGGAGGAGGCGGUGGACGUGGUGGUUUUGGAGGCGGCGGUGGACGUGGUGGUUUUGGAGGUGGCCGUGGCGGCGGUGGACGCGGAGGAUUUGGCGGUGGUCGCGGAGGAGGAAGAGGACGCGGCGGCGGAGGAGGUGGAUUCAAGGGAGGAAAGACUGUAGUUAUUGAGCCUCACAGGCACGAGGGAGUUUUCAUUGCGAGAGGUAAAGAAGAUGCUCUAGUCACACUUAAUCUUGUUCCUGGGUCUGAAGUUUAUGGAGAGAAGAGGAUAUCUGUUGAGAAUGAAGGUGAAAAAACUGAAUACAGAGUGUGGAAUCCAUUCAGAAGUAAACUAGCAGCUGCCAUAUUAGGAGGUGUAGAUCAAAUUCACAUGCCACCGGGCAGCAAAGUCCUGUAUUUAGGAGCUGCUUCCGGAACCACAGUAUCACAUGUUUCUGAUGUUGUUGGCCCUGAAGGUCUUGUAUAUGCAGUAGAAUUCUCACACAGAUCAGGCAGAGACUUAAUAAAUGUUGCCAAGAAACGUACAAAUAUAAUCCCAAUAAUAGAAGAUGCUAGACACCCCCACAAAUACAGAAUGCUGGUAGGAAUGGUAGAUACUAUAUUUGCUGAUGUAGCUCAGCCAGAUCAAGCUAGAAUCGUGGCCCUGAAUGCUCAGUAUUUCCUUAAAAAUAAUGGACAUUUUGUUAUUUCAAUUAAAGCAUCUUGUAUAGAUUCCACUGCACAGCCUGAGGCUGUAUUUGCAUCAGAAGUUAAGAAGCUACAAGCAGAUAAACUGAAACCUCAAGAACAGCUCACUUUGGAACCUUAUGAAAGAGAUCAUGCUGUGGUGGUGGGUGUGUUUAGGCCGCCACCUAAGAAUUAAUUUUUUACUUGUCUAGUUCAUGGUUAAGUUCAUAAUUGUUUGAUAAGUUGUUAUAGUAGCUUUAAGAAAUCUUGGACGUAAGAAGGAUAUUGGCCAACUUCUUGUUGUGCAUCAUUGGUUUUAUUAACUGAUAUAUUUAUGUAUGUCUACCUCAUAUAUGUAGGUACAUAAUAACAAAGGCAAUUUCAUAAUCACAAAAAGAGUGUGUUGAUUUUCUAUGCAGAAACCAUUUCUGCAUUUUAAUUUUUAUAUGUAAAAUUUUAUUAAUUGUAAGAAAAACUAUGUUUUGUAAGUAUGAUAAUAUAGAUAUUUUCUUCCUAA